AUGAAAAUCAGACAACAAACUGUAUAUGGAUACAACUACUUUGUCAAGGUCCAUGUUGGUGGCAACAAACAUCUGGAGCUGUUUUUGUAUGUAGAGCCUGACCCCAACAGUCGGCCCGACCUCCGUGGGGUUAAGGAUUUCACAGAUGACCAGAUCUCCGACUUGCAGCAGGAAAUCAGAGACAUAGAGCGUUUUCCUCCACAGGAGCUCAUCGUCGGAGGCAUUGGAGAGUCCCAACCUGCAGAUCCAGAGGUGCAGGCCAUUUGUGACUCUGUGAAGAGAGAUGUGGAGGAGAAGAGAGGAGAGAAAUAUGAGACUUUUGAAGCCAUAUCCUACAGGACACAAGUUGUAGCUGGAACCAACUACACUGUCAAGGUCCACAUUGGGGAGAACAAACAUCUGGAGCUGGUUGUGUUUGUGGGGCUGCCUCACACCAACAACGACCAGAUCUCUGACUUGGGGCAGGAACCUGUGAGACUUAUACUUCCAGAGCCAGUCAUGUGCUACAGAGAGGAGAGUAGAUUUUUGUCCGUCGGAGAGUCCCAACCUGCAGACCCAGAGGUGCAGGCCCUGUGUGACUCUGUGAAGAGUGAAGUGGAGGCGAAGAGAAGAGAGAAGUAUGAGAUUUUCGAAGUCAUUUCCUACAAGAAACAAGCUGUAUAUGGAUUCAACUACUAUGUCACGGUCCAUGUUGAUGGCAACAAACAUCUGGAGCUCUGGUUACAUGUAGAGCCUUCCCCCAACAGUAGGCCCGUCCUCCGCGGGGUUCAGACUCCCUUGGAGCCUGUUCGUCCACAGGAGUUCAUCGUCGGAGGCAUCGGAGAGUCCCAACCUGCAAACCCAGAGGUGCAGGCCAUCUGUAACUCUGUGAAGAGAGAUGUGGAGGAGAAGAGAGGAGAGAAAUAUGAGACUUUUGAAGCCAUAUCCUACAGGACACAAGUUGUAGCUGGAACCAACUACACUGUCAAGGUCCACGUUGGGGAGAACAAACAUCUGGAGCUGUGGGCCAGUCCUCCAAAGUGUUCAGGAGUCCACAGACGACCAGAUCUCUGA